AUCCGACAGCAAGGAAGAGACCUGAUGGGUGGUUUCAGAGAAAGCAGGAGCCUUGUUGUUUGUAUGCUUUUGUGAAGGUUUUUGCUGUAGUUUUCUAAAGAAAUUUGUGAGGGAAAUUUCGAGAAAAAAUGAAGUUUAUGAAGCUGGGUUCCAAGCCUGAUGCCUUUCAAGCUGAUGGCAGAUGCAUCAGGUAUGUGACAUCUGAACUGGCUACGGAUGUUGUCGUAAAUGUUGGUGAAGUGAAGUUCUAUCUUCAUAAGUUUCCACUCUUGUCUAAGAGCAAUCGGUUGCAGAAACUAGUGCAGAAAGCCAGCGAGGAGAUUUCUGAUGAAAUCAAUAUGGUUGAUUUUCCUGGUGGGCCAAAAGCCUUUGAAAUUUGUGCGAAAUUCUGCUAUGGAAUGACUGUUACUCUCAAUGCGUACAAUGUUGUGGCUGCUCGUUGUGCAGCCGAAUAUCUUGAGAUGACUGAGGAUGUGGAUCGAGGAAAUUUAGUUUUUAAAAUUGAGGUGUUUCUCAAUUCCAGUAUUUUCCGUAGCUGGAAAGAUUCCAUUAUUGUUCUCCAAACCACUAGAUCCCUUCUUCCGUGGUCUGAAGAUCUAAAGAUUGUUGGAAGAUGUAUAGAUUCCAUUGCAUCUAAAACCUCUGUAGAUCCUUCAAACAUUACAUGGUCCUACACAUAUAACCGGAAGUUAUCAGUGACUGAUAAAAUAAUUGAGGACCGUCUAAAGUUUGGGGAGAGAAAUGAUUCUGUUCCAAAGGAUUGGUGGGUUGAAGAUAUAUGUGAGCUGGAGAUAGAUCUCUACAAGCGACUCAUGAUUACUGUGAAAUCUAAAGGAAGAAUGGAUGGUUCUGUGAUCGGGGAGGCACUGAGGACCUAUGCUGUUAGAUGGUUGCCAGAUUCGGUUGAUGCUUUGAUUUCUGAUGCUCAUUCCAGGAGGAACAAAUUUCUGGUGGAAACAAUUGUUUGCUUAUUGCCAUCAGACAAAGGAGUUGGUUGUUCUUGUAGUUUCUUGCUGAAACUGUUGAAAGUGGCCAUCUUGGUUGGUGUGGAUGAUUCAUCAAGGGAAGAUCUGGUUAACAGGAUCAGUUUAAAGUUUCAUGAGGCUUCUGUUAAAGAUUUAUUAAUCCCAGCACGGUCUCCUCAGACCACUUUUUAUGAUGUUGAACUGGUGUAUUCCAUUGUGAACCGAUUUAUGAUGCAGGAAAAGUCAAGUCAGGGUUUGGAUGUUGAGAGGAAUGAGAAGGGAACUGAUGAUUUUGUUUUAGGGCAUGGAUCCUUGUUGGGUGUCGGUAAAUUAGUUGAUGGGUAUCUCAUGGAAAUCGCACAUGACCCAAAUCUUUCUCUUUCCAGUUUCAUUGACUUGUCACUGUCAAUUCCUGAUGCUGCAAGACCAAUUCAUGACGGACUGUACAAAGCCAUUGACGAGUACAUGAAGGAGCACCCAGGCUUGACAAAGGCGGAAAGAAAGAAGAUAUGUGGGCUGAUGGAUGUCAGAAAACUGACGAUAGAUGCAUCUAUGCACGCGGCACAGAACGAACGGCUGCCACUCCGAGUUGUGGUGCAAGUUCUCUUUUUUGAGCAGGUUAGAGCUGCUGCAGGGGUUCAUGCCCCUAACAACAAUCCCCGUGAUGCUUCACACUCCACAACAAACACAGAUGAAGAGUGGGAGAAAGCAGCAGUGGAAGAUGACCGCAGAUCCCUCAAGAAACAGAUGAGUCGAAUGAAGGUUAAAGACGAGGAAUUCCAGAAGAAUGGGAAAUUAAGUAAGAAGAACAGCAAAAAUAGCAAAAGCGUCGUGCAGUUGUUACCAUCACGGUCAAGGAGAAUAUUUGAUAAGUUGUGGGUUGUGGGUAAAGGGCAUGGAGAGAACAGGAGCUCUGAGACAUCUGGGAGUUCACAAAGCCCUACUUCAUUGGCUCCUGGGGAUACCAAGUCAUCCGGUUCAUCUUCAAGACACAGGAGGCACUCCAUAUCUUAGAGGAGAAGGAUUUUGAGAUUAAUAUGAGUUGAACAGGUGAAAAAGAUUCAAAGAGUAUUGUAAGUGUAAAAAGUGGGUAGGUUUUUGUUCUAGUUGAUGGUGGUUUAUCAUUGUAUCUUGCAAGCAUUCCAAGAAGGGGUUCAUCUGCAGAAAUUUGUAAUCAGUUUCAUUUUGAGUGCCUUCUCUUUCUAACAUCUCUUGACUCCCAAAUGUUAGAUUGUCUACUGUCUUAUAACGCUACUUAACUAAUGAGCAGUUGUCAUGUUUCAUUUAUUCCUUUCA